AUGACUUUUAUGAACAUGUACUGGCAAAUAAAGAAGAUGUUAAAGAAGAUGAAGAGGAAGAAAGAUGGGAAGGAAGAUGAGAAGGAAGAUGAGAAGAAAGAUGAGAAGGAAGAUGGGAAGGAAGAUCAGAAGGAAGAUGAGAAGGAAGAUGAGAAGGAAGAUGAGAAGGAAGAUGAGAAGGAAGAUGGGAAGGAAGAUCAGAAGGAAGAUGGGAAGGAAGAUGAGAAGGAAGAUGGGAAGGAAGAUGAGAAGGAAGGUGGGAAGGAACAUGAGAGGAAUAUUGGAAGAAAGACGAAGAGAAAGAUGAGAAGGAAGAUGGGAAGGAAGAUGAGAAGGAAGAUGAGAAGGAAGAUGAGAAGGAAGAUGGGUAGAAAGAUGGGAAAGAAGAUGAUAAGGAAGAUGAUAAGGAUGAUGAGAAGGAAGAUGGGUAGGAAGAUGGGUAGGAAGAUGGGUAGGAAGAUGAGAAGGAAGAUGGGAAGGAAGAUGGUAAAGAAGAUGAACUAA